AUGACGGAGGCUGCAGCAGCGACUCUCCGGGAGGAGAAGCGGCGCGGAGGCGCGAUGAAUCCACCGGAGGAGGCCGGAGCGGAGGACCUGUCCCUGGGGGAGAUCCUGAACCUCUACAACCAGCCCAUCAACGAGGAGCAGGCAUGGGCGGUGUGCUACCAGUGCUGCCGGACUCUGGCGGAGAAGCACCGGGGCGGGCGGAGCUCCGCCGCCGCCGGAGCAUCACCCGCGGCGGCCCCGUGGAGGAUCUCAGGACCGGGGGAUGUUCGGAUCGAGAAGGACGGCUCGGUGAGGGUGGAUCAGCUCGGCUGUGGAGAUAAAUACAGCCCUUGCACAACAACAGAGGCCAUCGAGUCUCUGGGCAUCAUGAUCUACAAAGCUCUGGACUACGGCCUGAAGGAGAACGAGGAGCGGGAGCUGAGUCCUCCUCUGGAGCACCUCAUUGAUCUCAUGACAAAUAUGGCCGAGGCAGAAAAGGACGCCUGCCCUGAUGAAGGCUAUGAGGCCACAGAGGAAGAGGACGAGGCAGAGGACGAGCCUGAUAAACCCUCUGGCGUUCACAGCUACAGAGAUAUCCUCAAGCUUUGCUCUGUUCAUCUACCCAGUGGGUCAGAUGCUCCGAGUCACUACCAGGCAGUUUGUCGAGCGCUCUACACGGAAACCAGAGAGCUACGGACUUUCCUGGAGAAGAUCAAGAGUGCCAAAGAGAACCUUCGUAAGAUGGAGGAGGACUCAUCAGGGGAGCCUGUCAGAGACCUGAAUGAACUACAGAAUGCUGACUGGGCUCGAUUCUGGGUUCAAGUGAUGAGGGACCUUCGUGAAGGAGUCAAACUGAAGAAGGUCCAGGAGCGCCAGUACAACCCUCUGCCCAUCGAGUACCAGCUGACUCCAUACGAGAUGCUCAUGGACGACAUCAGGUCCAAACGCUACAAACUGCGCAAAGUCAUGAUCAAUGGAGACAUUCCACCGAGGUUAAAGAAAAGCGCUCAUGAAGUCAUCCUGGAGUUCAUCAGGUCCAGACCUCCUCUAAAUCCUGUGUCGGCUCGUAAGCUGAAGCCUCAGACUCAGCCGCCUCCAACUCUGCACGAGCGGAUCCUGGAAGAGAUCAAGGCUGAAAGGAAGCUUCGCCCCGUGUCACCUGACAUGAUCCGCAGGGGAAAGAUGGAUGAGUUCAGUCCGUACAUGGGCAGGAGGACGUCCAGCACUCUGUCUCUGAAUAACGGGUUGGCGUCUUCCAGAGCAGAGCCCUCCGGUUCUCAGUCUGUGCCUCAGAGGAAAAAACUCCUGAAGGCUCCCAGCCUCGCCGAGCUGGACAGCUCCGACUCAGAUGAUGAGCUGGUUGGGCGAACAUCAGCGAGCAGCUCCAGUUUGGCGACGUCUCUGCUGGAUGAUACAUCCCCAGAGUCCGUGCUGGGGAAGAAAACUCCUCCCAUGUUCCUGCCCAUCUCCUCCACACCGCAGCCAGAGAGGCGUCAGACCCCCCAGAGGAGACACUCCAUCGAGAAGGAAACACCAACCACCGUGCGACUGUUUCUGCCACCGUCCAAACAAAGCUCCAAGUCUCUGGAGGAGUUCUGUUUCCCUGUGGAGAGCCUGUCCCUGACCGUGGAGGAGGUGAUGCAUAUCAGACAGGUGCUGGUGAAAGCAGAGCUGGAGAAGUUUCAGCAGUACAAAGACAUCUACAACGCUAUGAAGAAAGGAAAGCUUUGCUUCAGUUGUCGAACCAAAAGGUUUUCCCUUUUCACCUGGUCCUACACCUGCCAGUUCUGUAAAAAGCCUGUAUGCUCGCAGUGCUGUAAAAAGAUGCGGUUACCAUCCAAACCUUAUUCCAGUUUACCCAUUUACUCCAUCGGCUCGACCAACACUCUCCCCAGAGACAGAGUAGGUGCCAUGGCUUCUGUAGGACAAGGGCUCUCUGUGGCUGGGGGUCCGGGGCCGUCAUCGAUGACGGGAGGGGCUGCUGCUGCCUCCCCCAUGUUGAAAGGAGCUACGAAAGCAUCAUCUAAAGGAGCUGGAAAGGCUGCAGGAGCAGCAGCUGCCAAAACUGACAAGUCCUCUGGGAGCCUGCAGCGUCACAGCAUUCAGAAGACCAUGUCCAAGCUUUCGAAGCACGGCUCGUUAAAGUCUCAUGAAGAGCUGGAGCUGCCCCCGGAGCUCACAGAAGACUGGGCCACCAUGGAGGUGUGUGUGGACUGCAAGAAGUUCAUCUCCGACAUAAUCGCCUCCAGCAAGCACAGUCUGUCACUGGCCACGAAGAGGGCUCGCUUAAAACGCAAGACGCAGUCGUUUUACAUGUCGUCCCCCAAAGGAGCGGAGGGGUACAGGCCCUCGGAGCGAACGAUCAACGAAAUCUGAAACUGCACGAGAGCUCCACUUGCAGAAUGCUCCUAAUACGACUCGCAGGAAACUGGGAACCAG